CCGCAUGAUCUCCCAGAUAAUAAGCGGAGUCACAACGGUGCAAGCGUAGCGCGUAUAAUAUAUAACCACCGCUUAUCCCUUUGUCUAGGACACCAGCAUGUCCAUCCUUCACUCACCCACGCACGAGCAAUACAACGCCGAAGCGGGUCCCAGCAGCUAUCCCCAGCGCCAGCACCUACAAGUGUGCUCCUCGCGGCGGGAUGUGGCGUUAACUACCCAUCCCUUGUACGCGAACCAUUCAGAGCAUUCGCCCCCCCCUCAUUCCGCAACAUCUUCACAAUCAUCCCUUAGGAGCGCACGACCUCUUCCACCCAUUCCUGUCCCAUCACCGCCUGCCACACCUUUAACACCAUCUGAACGUGCAAGUUUCCAUCCACGUCCGCUACCUACUCCUCCACUACGCACCAGGCCGUCAUGGAGCAGCACAUCAUCUGUAUCAACGCCCAGACCGCUGCCUCAGCCGGUUCCUCUGAAGAUAGACACUACGCAUCUUCGUCCUCAGCAUGCUCAGCGUCCUCCGCGCCCUGCACUAUCGCUGCUCAUCAACACGCUGGGAAUGUCUCCGACGGAGAUCACACUAGAAAGCCCUGUCCCGCUCUCGCCCAUGAGCCCAGUCAUUUUCAGCAAGCCAGACACGCCCUCGCCCACUGAUAUGGAAAAGUCGGUGGCGAUGCGGCUCAACAUGCUUGGGUUUAGGGAAGUGGACGAAGAUACCUUCGCGCGGUUGUCUCUCAAGGAGGGAUCUAAGUCUCCACCGAGCAGUCCGUCCUCCACCGCCGUGUCGUCCUCUCAAACGUCCGAAGAAUGUCAAGAGAAGAUCGAGAUUCGUCUGGAGCUUAGGUCUACUCGCUCUGACUCGCGCGGGAGUCGGCUUUGGGUGUGUGAGAAGAGGGGCAAGCGGUGGGUAGAGCGAAAUUACGGUGAGAUCUUGCAACAGCUGAGGAAACUCUAACGAAGGUACGCACUGUGAUAAUCAUCCGUACCCGAUCGUCGGACUUACGACGUGUGUCAGCCUUGUUCAUACCUACCACUGGCACCGACACCUUGCACGCAGAGUCGAUCGGUGUGGACCCUUGGCUCAAUAAUAGCUCGUCGCAAUAAUGGUGCCGGCCGUCGCUGUCGUGGCUGACCUUACAAUCCUUGUACAUCGGACCUUCCUACACAUCAUUGCGUGUUGGAUUAUCCGAGUCUUCCCUGCGCCUUACCCAGCAAAUCAUUGUUAGUAUCGCGAAAAUCUUGACCCCGAUCUCAGCUGGUCGAUGCGGAGGGAGACUUGUACAAUGGGCUGUUCGUCCUCUUAUUUUGAAUAAUGUCGUAACUUGUCGUUAUUUCAAAGCCACGUUGUAACCCACAGUGUUCGAAGCAUCACCCUUCCGUUGAACCGAUCGCAUCUCAUUGCCCCCGCAAAUCGAAUUCUGACACUGUUCAGAGAUAUCAGCGAGCUGUUCGCCUACGAUCGCCAAGCUUCCGUUUGAUGAGGAGUGAAACAGUGCGCUACGCUGGCGCGCCCUACUCACCGCGGUUCUACGGCGGCUUUCUAUGCAUGGAGGCACAACCUUGGCGCGCCAUGGAGCUUGACAGGCAAGUCCAGUUCUU